AGUUGUUGGGUUCAUGGUGGUAGACUGUACAUUACCUCCUAGUGAAGAAGAAGUGGGUAUUAGCCUUUAUCUGGAUGAUAGUAAUGGGGACCAUAUUAGUCUACCUUGUCUGUUCAAACAUCGAUUCCAAGACUUUCAUGUAUAUGAGAUACCACAAGGAUCAUCAUCAUCAUCACCAGUACACCUUACCAAACUAUGGACCAAGGAUAAGAUUAUACGAGAGAUAAGGGAGAAGAAGGAGAAGGAGGAAGAUCUACAGAAUGCAUUGGGACCAGAAUAUGAUAUUACUGAUAAGCAACUACAGGCUAUUGAGGCUAGUUUAACAGAAGAGGAUAAAGAUAGGUUUAUCUCAUUCCUGAAGACCCCAAGAAAUGAUACUGCUCCUAAGUACUGCUUGUUAGAUGGUAGCACUAUACAGGAUAAGCUAGGGAGGACUAGUGUCCAUGAAUUAGUUAAAACACAGUUCCCUCAAGGCUUGUUUAUUACUGAUACUGUUGAUCCCACUACUGAUAAUGAUAAUAAACAUCAAAUUAGGGUUUGGAUCAAGAAGGACUUUACAAUUGGUCAAAAACGAGCUAGAGAGCUGGCAGCAGCAGUAGAGGAGGAGAAGGAGGAGGAGGUGGUGGGUAGUAAGAGUAAGAAGAGGCGUCGUCGUGAUGGGAAGAGAGGGAGAAAUAAGGGUAGAGGAAUAAGUGGCGAUCAACAUCAACAUGAUGAAGACUUACCCCAAGCACGUUAUGAUCCCUGGCCUAAAGACCAACCUGAUUAUCUAUACUUUAACAUGUAUAAGGAGAAUAGGGAUACAGCUCAGGCAAUAUCAUCUAUAGCUAGAGCAAUGGGAAAGAAGAAUACUAAGGCUUUUACAGUAGCAGGAACUAAGGAUCGUAGAGGAUGUACUGUUCAACAAGUAUGUAUGUGGAGGACUUAUAUAGAUCAACUUAAACGGGCUAUGCUCAGUGGGCAUUGGGAUAAAUUUACGAGGCUUUCCGAUUUCCAUUACUCAUCACAAAAGCUUUCUCUAGGUAUGCUGUAUGGUAAUCGUUUUUAUGUAGCAUUGAGAGGUAUCAAGGAUUGUCCUAAUACUGAUGAUCUUGAUAGAGCAUUCAAUGCCCUAUCAACUAAAGGCUUUAUUAACUACUUUGGUAUGCAACGUUUUGGUACACAGUUAACCAGGACUUAUCAGAUAGGACAGGCUAUGAUUGCUGGUCAUUGGCAAAAGGCUGUUAGGCUUAUAAUGGGAGAAUCCAACGAUAAGGCAUUAUUACAACAUGAUGAAGCAAGGAGGGCAUACCUUAUCGAUAAUGAUCCUGUUAAAUCUCUUAAGCUCAUGCCUAGGAUGAUGCAUAUUGAGAGGAAGAUAAUGACCUUAUUAGCUAAAGAUCCCAAUGGUUAUUUAGCUGCAUUACAGCAAUUACCUACACCCACCUUAUCCUUUUAUGAUGAUAAUACCACUACUACUGAAGAUGGUUUGGACAGAUCUCAUGAUGAUGAUGAUAGUGAAAACUGUGGUGAGCAGCAGCAUAGCAAGGAAGAGAGGGAAGUUGUGCAUAUAACGUGUGAUAAUAUAUCAUCAUAUAGCAUAUAUGAUGUAGUCUUACCUCUUCCUGGGGAUAAUACACAAUACCCAAUAAAUAUGAAUCAAUGGUACGAGGAUUUUACCAUGAAGGAAUUGGGUUUAUCAUUACAGGACUUGAAGUCGUGUAGAAGUAGUGGUGGUGUCUUCAACUUACCUGGAUCCUAUAGGAAUAUCCUUGAAAAGGCAGAGGAUGUUGAAUAUGAACUUAUACAACCAGAAAUGGCACUCAAUAGAACAUUAAUACCGACUGAUAUCGAUAAUAUCACUAAGAGGGAUUAUACUGAAGAAAAGUUGAAUGGCGAUAAGGAUAAGGCAGUAUUAGAAGGUACAUACAGUAUUGUAUUCAAGACUACUCUUAAAUCUGGUACAUACUUGACAAUGGCAUUACGUGAGUUGACCCGACAGGACACUUCACGUAACUCUAUGCAGAUUAGUGAUUCUAUUAUACAGACUAACAACAAAUGA